UCUCACACAAUAAGGAUGCAUUAUAUUGAGGUACAAUGUGUACUUCAAGUCCCACGCGACCUUGGGAAAGCACGUGCCAUUUAAAUACUGAAUUUCCUUUUCAAAACAUUUGUUUGGCUCAGCAGAUUGUUGCUGUUUGACAGGUUUGGAUGAACACCAGCAGAAGUGAAGUGAAGUGAUCAUUGAAGAUAGUUUGGAGAAGGUCUGAAGUGUCUACGUGUGAUGAGAGUUUGACAGGAGCACGUCAUGAUGGAUGAAGACAGUAAACCAUUACUGGGUUCGAUGCGAGCGGUGGUGGACUAUUACACCGAUUCACUCGACUCCAGACAGAGAAGGCCGUUUCACGUGGAGCCCAAAAAUAUUGUAGGUGAAGAUGUUCAGGAGAGAGUCUCUGCUGAAGCUUCAGUCCUGAACAGUAGAGUUCAAUACUACGGCCGUCUAACAGCUUCUUCAGACAGACUGCUGGUUCCUCCAGAUCAUGUGAUUCCUGCUGCUGAGGACAUCUAUAUCUACAGUCCAUUGGGAACAGCGUACAAAGUACAGGGAGGUGACAGUCCUUCCAAAAACCCCAGCAUUGUCACAAUUUUUGCCAUAUGGAACACCAUGAUGGGAACAUCCAUAUUGAGUAUGCCAUGGGGAAUAAAACAGGCUGGUUUCACUCUGGGCAUCAUCAUUAUUGUUCUUAUGGGUCUGCUGAUGCUCUACUGCUGUUACAGAGUAUUGAAAUCCACAAAGUCAAUACCUUUCAUAGAUACAUCAGACUGGGAGUUUCCUGAUGUAUGUAAAUAUUACUUGGGGGCGUUUGGAAAAUGGUCGAGUCUUAUAUUCUCUUUGGUGUCAUUGGUCGGUGCGAUGGUGGUCUACUGGGUUCUUAUGUCCAAUUUCAUGUUCAACACAGGGGAAUUCAUUUACAACUAUGUUCACAAUGUCAGCACAUCAGAUAAAGAGUAUGGCACCAAUGGUUCAGAGAGAGUGGUUUGUCCGUAUCCAGAUUUGGAUCCAGACAGGAACAGUAGUGUUGUCUUGUUCUCUGUGAGUGACAACGGUACAGGACAUGCAACGUUUGACCGCUGGUGGAGUAAAACCAACACCGUCCCGUUCUACCUCAUCGCUCUUCUCCUCCCACUACUCAACUUUCGCUCUGCCUCCUUUUUCGCCAGGUUCACCUUUCUCGGCACUUUAUCUGUAUUGUAUCUCAUCAUUCUCGUCACCCUUAAAGCAAUUCGACUGGGCUUUCACCUUGAGUUCCACUGGUUUGUGUCCUCUGAGGUUUUUGUUGCAGAGUUUAGGUCAACGUUUCCUCAGCUGAGUGGUGUUCUGACAUUAGCAUUUUUUAUUCACAACUGCAUCAUCACGCUUAUGAAGAACAACAAACAUCAAGAAAACAAUGUGCGAGAUCUGUCAUUGGCUUAUCUCCUGGUGGGUUUAACAUACCUCUACGUUGGUGUGUUGAUCUUUGCUGUGUUUCCAUCUCCUCCUCUGUCUAAAAAGUGCAUUGAGCCAAAUUUUUUGGAUAACUUCCCCAGCGGUGACAUCAUGGUGUUUGUAGCGAGGACCUGCCUUCUGUUCCAGAUGACCACGGUUUAUCCUCUGCUGGGGUAUCUUGUCCGGGUACAGCUGAUGGGGCAAAUCUUUAGUAAUCCUUACCCCGGUUUCCUCCAUGUCUUUUUUCUGAACAUCUUUGUCGUCGGAGCAGGAGUCCUCAUGGCCAGAUUUUACCCCAAUAUUGGCUCUAUUAUCAGGUUUUCUGGUGCCAUAUGCGGUUUGGCUCUUGUGUUUGUUCUGCCAUCAUUGAUUCAUAUGAUCUCAUUGAAGCGGCGUGAUGAGUUACGCUGGCCCUCAGCUAUCUUUCACACCUUCCUUAUCCUGCUGGGCGUGGCCAAUUUAUUUGGACAGUUCUUCAUGUAAUGAACCUGUGCUUUUGUGUUUACCUGAUGGACAAGAGGACAUCAAUCCUUGAAUGAUUCUCAGUUGUGCUGUUUGGAGAUUAACCAACUAAUUGUGUUUUAUUGCAGUUAUAAGACACCCACAUAUAAUGCCUUGUUUGGUUUAUACAUUCAUUUUAAUGUCUUUUAUCACUUCUCAUUAACUCUGUUCAAUCUUUUACAUGUUUUCUACAGGGAAGUGUUUUAUUUCUUCGCUUCUCUGUCAUUUAAACUUCUUUAGAAUCAAGUCACAGUGCAUUUAGCAAGAUUUUAUACAGUUUAUUCAUUGGUUGAAUAUGGUGACACAUACACGGACUGUGUGAACUGAACUGUCAGUUAGUUUACUGUUCAUUUCUUUAAAUGAUUCACGUGUCAAAUGAAGUUUUCUGAUCACUAGCACUAACACACUUGUCCAUGUGCAAUAUAAACACAACGAACAGUCUUCCAAACCCACUUUAUAGUGUUGUGUUAAAUGUGAUCAAUUAAAGCUGCUUAUUGGAUGCAUAAAGGGAAGAGAUAGAUAGCUA